GAAAAAAGCUUUUACAAAAUAACCGAGAUAAUGGCCAACUACAUUGCAAAUGCGCUGAACAAGAGCAAAAGGAUCUACAAGGGAGUGCAAUACUUCAGAGCGUUCACCCAAGGCGGGGCGACAAAGCGAUCUUUUGGACGUCUAUUGCCAACGUAUAGUCCGACUGGCGAUCGGCAAGUGCGUCAUUAUGCCAUCAAAUGCGAGGAAGGAAGUGUGGUCAAGGGCGUUGUUGUGGGCGUAUAUUCCAAGGAGGGUGACAAGGAGGCAAAGCUCACUUCCAGCGGGGAGAAGUUUGAUGAUCGAGCCCAGGGCAAGAUAUCGGAGCUGAUAAGGGAGACGGGCAUGAGGGGCGACCUCGGCAAGGGACUCGUCUUUAUGAAUGUGGACGCCGAGUUCAGUGCAGUUGCUGUCGUUGGCCUCGGACAGGAGGGUGCGGGAUUCAAUGACCUCGAGGUGAUUGACGAGGGCAUGGAGAAUGCUCGGGUGGCCGCCGGCGUCGGAGCGCGUGCUCUGCAAAUGCAGGGAGUCACCGAUGUGUUUGUCGACUCCAUGGAGUACCCAGAGCAGGCGGCUGAGGGCAGCGCCUUGGCCAUUUGGCGAUACAACAGCAAUCGCCGCAAGCAGGAUCGCACACACAUACCCAAGCUGGAGCUCUACGAUUCGCCAGAGGUUGAUGCUUGGACGCGAGGUCUCUUCAAAGCCGAGUCGCAGAAUUUGGCCAGACGUCUCUGCGAUUCACCGGCCAAUCAAAUGACACCUACGAUUUUCGCACAGUCCACCGUGGAUGCGCUCUGUCCCUGCGGAGUGAGCGUCGAGAUACGCUCCAUGGACUGGAUCGAAGAGAAUCGCCUCAACUCAUUCCUCAUGGUCGCCAAGGGCAGCUGUGAGCCGCCAGUCGUGCUGGAGAUCACCUAUUGCGGCACGGCACCCGAGGAUAAGCCCAUCCUGCUGCUGGGCAAGGGACUGACCUACAACAGCGGAGGACUUUGUUUGCGUCCCAAGGAUUGCAUGCACAUGUAUCGCGGCUGCAUGGCGGGCGCUGCUGCCGCUGUGGCAACGAUUCGGGCAGCGGCUGCUCUGUCCUUGCCCCUCAACGUGAGCGCUGUGCUGCCGCUUUGCGAGAACAUGCCGUCGGGCAUGGCGGUAAAGCCGGGCGACGUGGUCACCCUGAUGAAUGGCAAGACCCUGGGCAUCGUGGACGUAAGCAAGGCGGGAGCGGUGGUCAUGGCGGAUCCCCUGUUGUAUGCACAGAGCAAUUUCAAGCCCCGUCUGGUGGUGGACAUUGCCACACUGGGAUAUGGCGUCUGUUGUGGUCUUGGAGGCAGUGCGGCGGGCAUUUUUAGCAAUUCAAAUUUCGUUUACAAGCAGUUCGAGAAGGCCGGCAGCUUGACCGGCGAUCGCGUCUGGCGCUUGCCCCUCUGGAAUUACUUCAAGCAGCUGGUCACACCGAACAAAACAUUUGACAUUAGCAAUCGUGGCCGUGGUCCUGCCUCCAGUUGCAUAGCAGCUGCCGUGCUGCACGAGCUGGUCCCAUGCGUCGACUGGGCUCAUCUGGACAUCCGCAACGUUGGCAUGAUGACGCGAUACAAUCCGUUGCCAUAUCUACUCCAGGAUCGUAUGACGGGACGUCCCACACGCACCAUCAUUCAGUUCCUCUACCAGAUGGCCUGUCCGGACACCAAGUAGAAUCUCUUCGGCGUAUCAUUUGCUUUUUAAACAAUUGGCUCUCAGUGUUUUUAAUCGUUUUGUGUGGGAAUUUCAUAUUUCAUAUUUGAUUGCAGUGCAACUUCAAAAUCUACUUGUUAUUUCAAACUGUUCCAAGAACGCGCAGAAGGUAUUUUGCAAGAUAUUAACUUUUAAAAGAAUGGACGUGAAGUGAAGGAGUAAAUCUGCAGAGUGUAUUCGUACUUAUGCUAGAAAAAGAGAAGAAUAAAUUGUGAAGCAUAUCUGAUAU